AUGGCCAAGCGCGAGCAUGGACUGCCCGACGCGAGCAGAACCAGUGGCGGUGCUCGUCCUAGCAAGAGAAGUCGGUCGGAUGGAAUUGUGGUCGGCAACGAGAAGAUUCUGCCGCGACCCAAGAGUGCUGGCUACCUGCGCAGAAUAGCAGGACCUGGCAUAUACGUCAGCACAAUUCGAGGCAAGGAGAAGCGCGCCGCAGACGAGCUCGUUCAGUUGCUCGAAGAGAUCGUCGCGCGUGACUAUCCAGCCACGUCAGUGAAAGCAGACUGGUGGCCGCAACAUGCAGUAAAUAUCGAUGAUUGGACGGGCGAUGAUCUGGAUGCUAGCAAGGUGCAACAAGAACAGACAGCCCUCUCACCCAGAAGGGCUGACUCGACCACGGAUCCAAGCCAUUCGAACGAGAACAAUGCAGACGGAAAGGGGAAAAGCGAGGACGUGGAGACACGAUUCACUCGCGAGCUAGCGGAACUUCAGGAAGAGCAGCGUGCCCGGCGUGUAACAACAAGUCAAACGCCUGGAGUUGCUGCGAGGGCAUUCUUCCGCAUCAUCGAAACAGGCGCCGAAUGCUUGCGCUUCGUGUCUGUCGCAGCCCCAUUAUGUCCCUUUGCACUGAGUCUCGCCCUGCUUGGAGAUGUGGAAGAAGCUGGUCAUGCACGAUGUCGGUUCGUGCAAAGGAUCACACCGGUCGCUGCUAGUGCCCAUGCCAGUGCUUCGAACAUACCUGCUUUGGCAAAGCAUGUUUUGCUCAGGUGGCUCCCCGAGGAGACGCAGGCACCGAAGACCUUCAGGAUCGACACUCAUAUUCGCAACCAUACAACUCUUCAACGAGACGCUGUCAUCCAAACCAUGGCCGCGCAGAUACCUCCGACGCCAGGUCACAAAGUAGAGCUCAACAAUCCGGACUUGUGGAUCGUCUUCGAGUGUCUUAAGGGAACAUGCCACAUAGGGGUCUUGGAGCAUUACGUCCGAUUUGCCAAGUACAACCCACAGCAGCUAGCAGACCUCGUCCGCUCCAGGCGUACAAACGGACGCACGUCGACCGAGCCGCUCCACAGGUCCAAAGAGGAACCGCAAGAGCGGCUUUCGCGCGUAGGCGCGUCAAAAAGACCCUGA